GUACCAAGAUUACGUGGAAGAAGAAUUUGGAGAUUUGUGAAGCCGUCGUAUGUACUCCUCCUUCUGGGCUACAACCGUCCGGUUAUGACUCUGACUCCCCUCAAUUACAUGGUUACGCUUAUCUAUAUCCCAACUUCCGUACUUGUUGGAUAAAAUAUCUAGACAACGACACCAAGGAGGUGAAGAGAGUUCCUAUAUCUCAGAUAUCACUGAGGAGGGAAGAUAUCACCUUCGAUGAUCAACCACCACACUCAUUACCAGGAUCCAUUGGUGGUCUCCGUAAGGAUGAGUUCAUCGUGGUGAAUGUCGGUGCUGAUCCACCUUCAUCGAUCUAUGUACUGGCAAGAAUUCUGGCUGUUGGUCCUACCUGGGUUGACAUUAUUGUUCAUGACCUUUGUUCGGGUAAGUUCAAGCCGUUGUAUACGGAUCGUAACCGUAGCCGAUUUAAGUUUACUUCUGGAGCGGGUCUUUUCUCCGGAUAG